AUUAAAUUUUAUUUAAUAAAUUAUAAUAUAAUUUUUAUUAUAAUGAAAAAUAUCGAUAGUUGGAAUGAAAUAUUUCCGGAGGUAAAAUUGCGUGAAAGUGACCUAACAAAUCCAACACAGAAUUUUCUUAUAAGGACAUUGGUGGCUUAUUUUCGGCCGUUUGGCAUUAAUGUGGACCUUCCGAAUGGGAUUCGGAUUGACACUCCUGACAACGUUAAGGCAAAGCGUUUAUAUUUGGCAAAGCUGACGCGGUUAACCACACGAAUUUUGAGAAUCACAGAUAACUCAUACAUAUUUACAUAUUUCGAUCUUAUUAAACCGACACCCAAGAAGACAAUGCGUGUAUUGGACAUUUUAUUGAAUUAUUUAUUUUAUUUCAACAUGUACAAAAACGAAGUUUUUGAUUCGACCUGUGAACUCAUUGAGGUGCGCGCAGUACUGGAGCGAACAAACCAAGAGACUAGAGCAAAAAUGGAGGAGAAAAGAAAUCAUAUCGAAAUGAUUAGAAAGAAGAUUACAUCUUUAAAUAAUGUGCAGAUUCCAAAUGCAAGAAAGCGCUUACAUAAGCUGAAAACAUUAAGAAAUAAAAAGAAAGCCCUUUUAAUACAACUCGAAUUCACAUUAAAUGAACGACACACGAUAUUAUCUGAAUUGAAAGCAGAAGGACGUAUGUUAAAAAAGCAAAGUGUUUCUGAUGUUGAAGCAAAUGAAUUGAAAAAGCACAUUGCAAGCUUAGAAGAACAACUAAAACAUCGCAUGGAACGAAUAUUCAACAUGGAAAGCAUUUUAAAACAACGGAAGGAUACAAUGAAAACAGUAACUGAAUUAACUAAAACGAUGGACAAGAUUAUUGAAAGGCUACCGCUUGAUGUCAACUUUAGAAUUUUUAAAGAAAGAAAUAAAAAGAUACAAGAAAAAAUGACUUUGUGCAAUGAAUUGGAAAAUAAAAGAUACUCCAUACAGAAAGGCAUCAAGUUCGAUGAAAAGGCUGCAAGGACUCUAAAUGGCAGAAUUAGUACUGCGAAGUUGAAAUCAGAGGAAGAAAUUAAGUAUAGAAAUAAAUUAAUUGAGGAAAAAGAAAAUUUAAUACAGAGCAAGAAAAGAGCAAAGGACGAAAUUAAUGAAGUGAUGAAAUGCUUGGAGUGCGAAACAUGUGAACAACAAGAUGUAAUGAGCUAUAUACAAGAGCAUGCGGAUAUUUUAUUCCAAAAAUAAUUUUUUAUAAAAACUUGGAUUUUAUUACAAAGAACCUAAUUUCGUGAACGUUUAAAUUUAUAACAAAAUGAAAACUUCUAUAGAACACAUCUUUCACCCAAUUUUCAAAAUUUUAAAUUGAGGUUGACAAUUUUUAUAAGAUCAAUUUUUUUAAUCGAUGUUUUGAACACCCUUCUUGAAUAUGGAGCGAGUAGUUAAUAUUGAUUGAUUGCACAAGAAAAUUUUCACUGUACAACGAUGGAGAAAAUAAAAAACCUUCAACUAUACAUUAUAAUAAGAACAAUACACACAAGAAAUGAAUGCAUCGCUCUUAAAGAACUUGGCUAAAAAUGUUAAUAACACAACAUCUUUAGACUUUAAUUGUUACAAGAUUACGAGAGAAUAACGAUUAUAAAAAUGACAGAAUUUCUUUCCUGGAUCCACACAAGUGUGAAUACGUUUUCAAUAAGGUGUUGAACUAUUACACUAAGAAGACUAUGUUCUUUCCUAGAGAUAUCCAAAAGCAACUGGAUCUACAUUCAGGACUCAUUCGUGAACUAUAAUAACCAAGCGGCAAACUGCAGAACUAACCCCCGUGACGUCGCCCAUCUGUUCUCGUGUCCCAACAGACAUAUAUAGACCUUAAUCCAAUCGACUAUGAAUCCGUCUUAUAGAAAUGGCAAGGUUUCUUCGUCUUGAACCUGUUUGACUUCCAUUUAAAUUCCACCUGCACUUCGUGACAAUAGUUCACUUCAUGGUAUCUGCUUUACAGAUUCCCGCGGGCUACAAUAACAACAUUAACAGGCGCUGCUCACUACUUCCACAGACUAUACCAAUAAUACUAGCGGCGGUUUGUUCAGCAUAUUGUCACACAAUUAUCAAUUACUUCUUAUCACAUAUUAAAAAGUUUAUUUCAAUUGUAUUUUCAUAUGUGUAUGCUGCCUCACAAAGGUGGAAUAAUAUUCCUGUGUGUUAUAUUCUUAAUGUCGUAUCCUGGUUAUAAGCAUAAAUCAUUAUUGUAGUUUGAUGCAUUUAAUG